GGGCCCGGGCGCGGAAGGGAAGCGGCGGCCCGGGCGGAGCGCAGGUACCRCCGCUGGCCCUCUGCCUUCUGCCCGGGGCUCGGGGCCGGCCCGCCGGGGAAGCGCCUUCCAGGAGCGGGGAGCGGCGCGGGUCUGAGGCCUUACGCGUGGGGUCGUGUUCGUGGGCGCGCCCCGGCGGCUCUCUGGGCGGCCGCGGUGCUCCCCGCCGCUCCCGCCGCUUUGCGGCUCCCGCCCGCGGAUUGCAGCCGCCUGGAACGUUCUGCUGCUUGGCCGGCCAAGGAGGUUGAGGUGCUUAAAGUCAGUAGUUGGUUUCGCUGGAUCAGGGUUGUGUUAGAAAGAUCAGGUGACAACAAUGGAGACUGACUUUGGGGCUUGCUCCAYGCCCCCAUUUCUCACUGAAAGCUUGGAGCUGGCAAUGGAAGUGGAGGAAAUGGAAAACUCAAGGCCGUCUUGCUUUUCUUGUGCUUUUGACAACCAAAAUGGAGGGAGAAGGUUUUCUGCAGAGUCUUAUUUAGCAAGUGGGUCUCUUAAGAGGGUUUUGCUGAGACUGGAUCCUUCUCCAAAUGACUAUGAAGAAAAUACAGUGGAAUUGUUUGGCUUUCAGUGGGUUACAGAAAUGGCAUUAGCUGAAUCCUGUGAAUUUCUCUUUGGAUUACUAAGGCAACAGAUACACAGACUGGAAAACCUAGUACAAAUGAGUUCAUCUGAUUUUGGUCAUGCUGCACGCUUCCACUCUGAAGCAGAAAGCAUCAGGCAUCAAUGUCUUAAGUUUUUGCACUAUGUGAAAGUUUUCAUCUUCAGGUAUCUGGAACCCCCUAAGAUGGAACACGAUGGAAUGCUGCACCCUUAUGAAGAACUAGAAGCUCAGUUACCAUCAGUGUUGGUGGAAGAGCUUCAUGCUUUGACUGUGCACAUUGGUCACAUUUGUGAACUUCCUAGUAAUGUUCUGGCAGCAUUUACUAUUCAAAAUCAGGCAAAGGUCUUUCCUCCAUCAUGGCACUUACUACAUCUCCACUUGGAUAUUAACUGGCUAAUAUUAGAAGUUCUGCAUGUACUAGGUGAAAAACUGAUGAGACAAGUUGUAUAUGCUAACCAUUUCAUAAAUCUAACUGGAGAGAACCUAACCAGUAUCAGUUUAUUUGAAAAACACUGUGAAAAUCUCAUAGCUGAUUUAAUAAGCUUGGCCAUCAACAGGUAUACAAAGGUGCGACCUUCUGAGGCUCUUACUAGUAGCCAUUGUCCCUGUACAUGCAUUAAAGAAAUGUGGGUUCUACUUAUUCAGCUGCUGGACCACAGAAAUAAAGGUGCUGAGACAGAGUGUUUCUGGAACUUGGUGAACAAAGCCCUAAAGAAUUUCUUUGAACAGCCAAGUACUUCUGAAAAUGUGUCUGGGUUUGAAACAGUUCAGUGUAAAGACCCCCUGAGUUUUAGCUGGUGGAUCAUGAGUCAUCUGGCACCACUCUACCUGUUUGACCGUAAUGGAAAUAUAGAUGAAAAGAAACAGAAGGAAUCCAAUUGGAAGUUUGUGGAAGAACUCCUUAAAAAAUCCACUGAUGCUCAAGCUGGUGUGUUAGAGGAACACUUACGAAUGCAUCUUCAGUGCUGUUUGGCUUUGUGUAGUUUCUGGAAUUUGAACCUAUCUAUUGUCACCAUACUCUGGGAUUAUUACAGCAAGAAUCUGAACAGCUGCUUUACURUUCCUUGGCUUGGUCUGAAGGAUCUGGCAAAUGUUAGUAAGACUUCCUUGUCGAUGCUUGGGYUGGUGAAACGCUGCUGCUGCGAACAGGAGAUCUCUUCUCUGUACAAGUCCAGCAACAGCUACUUCAUUUUCCUCAGCAUUUUGGCACGGAUUAUGAAAGAAGAAAAUAACGGUGUGCAUCCGUGGAAACAAAUUAAAGGACGAAUUUAUUCCAAGUUCCAUCGGAAAAGAAUGCAGGAGCUGACAGAAGUGGGGCUGCAUAACUUUUUUAACCUGUUCCUCAUGCUGGCAAUUGUUGCUGAGACAGAAGAUAUAGUGAGUCGGGUGUUUGAUCUUUUGGAUUUCCUGACUCCAUCCUCCAUCACCAUGUCUCGGAGAGCUCUCAUCUGGAGAGGUCAUUUUGCUUUCCUUUUAAUUUAUGUUGAGAAGAACAUGGACAUUAGUGUCCUAGCCGAGAAAAUCUCAAAUGCUUUCUGUGAGAAGGCAAAGAAGUUUUUAGUUUCCAAAAAUGACUACACACAGAGACAAAAUCUCUGGACUCUGCUUUCAACCUACAUUGAYGGUGUCCAGGAAGUGUUUGAGACCAGCUGCUACCUGAGCCUUUCUGAGGAAAAGUUGCUAAAUGAUGGCUUUACUAUGCUGCUGCCUGCRUGUCGAGGAGCUGAGCUGAGCAUGGUCCUGAAUUUUCUUCAGGUUGUUCUAGCCAGACUAAGGAGUGUGCACGAACGUGUAAGCCAGGGACUUCCAGUGGGAAACGCAGCCCCAGACGCACAGCUUCCAUUAGUGGCUAAAGAGCACCACCUUGCUGUCGCCAGUGCUCUCUGGAGAAAUUUCUUUCCCUACUUGAAGAGCCAGAGAAUGUCCCAGACACCGCCUUCCCCACAGCUUGCUGAUACAGCUGCAGGUUUUACUCUCUUAGCUUUGGAUAUACCCAGCAAAGCCCUAUCAGAUCUCCAGCCUCAGCCUGUUCUAUCAAUGAUGCGUCUCUUUGGAUGGGAUGACAUGGUGUGGCCUCAGCUGGUGUCAAGAUACCUAAGUCAUCUAAUUCAAAAUAGUUCACUGUGUGAAGCUUUUUCUAGCAUGGGCUAUACAUCCUAUGAAGCUUUGACAGUACGUUCGUGGUUUCGCUGCGUUUUGCAAAUGUUCCUCGAUCAACCAAGUGGUGCCUUGGCCAAGACAGAUGCUGAGAGAACAGUUGGAAAAGCCUACAUGGAGCAGCUGACUGAAAUGACAAGACUGAUUUUUAAACUCUCAGAAGUAGAAAACAUUCUUUUAAAGGCUAAUGUUGGAGARUCAGUUUUCAAGCAAGACCCAAAAAAUGCUCUUGUCCAGUUCAUUAAGGCUGUUGGUAAAACUUACAGUGGUCUUCAGACACUCCCUGAGAAAUCUGCCAUGGUAGCAAAGACUCUGGAGUAUUUAGGUGAUGUAUUAAAGUAYGUUAAACCUUAUUUGAAGGCAAAAGGACCUCCAGAAGGUCUGCAGCUUACAUACUGGAUCAUAGGAUGUCUGGUAAAAUUCUGUGCACCAAUCCUGGCUACCUCCAAGGCACAGCAGCUCUUGUUUCGCAUUGUGGAUUGCUUACUGCUGCCACACUCUGUGCUCCAGCAGGACAAGGAGCUGCCUGUGGCUUUGCUGUCUGCCAUUCAGGAAAGCCUGCCUUUUUAUCUUCAGGGCCUGUCCUUCAUAUGUUGUCAGUCCCAAACACAGGGAGCCUAUUUAAAUCAGCUCCUUGGGAGCAUUAUUAGACAUUACUUUGGACGAUUUCUCCCUUCCUCACCGACUGUGCCUGGUGCUGGACAGCAUCCUCUGCUCACUGCUUUAGGCAGCUCCAUCUCAGCCCCCCAGCUGCUCCGGCUCCGGAAAACCACUUUGCAUGUCAUAAGUGAAAACUACYUGCAGUUCAAAGGGAAUGCUCCACCUCCUCGCUUGGCCUCCGUUCUUGCUUUCAUUCUUGAAGUACUUCAGAGAUCCCAGAGCAUUGAACUGUGUGACAUUGACUUGGUUCUCCCAGCAGUGUUGAAAUGCUUGCUACUGGUUAAUGAGCUGCAAGUUAAAAAAAUAUCUACAGACAUUUUACAGUACAUGGUAGAAGGCUGCCAAGCAGGGUCAGGAGGAGAACAUGCCACGCAGCUGACUUCUGUAUUUAGGCAGUUUAUCCAGGACUACACUGCUGUCUAUGAUCACCGGGUUUUCAGCAUACUGCAAACAGUGGCAGUCUUGGAUCAGACGUUAGUUACCAGCCUGAUUCCCACAAUCACGCAGUCCCUGAUGGAUUCCGAGCACAAACAAGGUCUUGGAAGGAAUGUUGCACAGAGAGAAGCCUAUAAAAGACUCUUAUCUUACCUCGCAGAGGCUGGACAAAAUGAGAUACAAAAACUGGAAAAUGAGACAGAUCACCAGUUUGCUGGUGAUUAAUCCUUUCCUCUUGGACGCUGUGACAUUGUCGGAACCUAAAACUAUAGACUACAACACACUAGACAAGUUCUUAUCUUUACAAUGGAAAUACAUUUAUCAAUUUUUGUGGCUAUUUUUUUCCACCAAUUUAUGUAAUAAUUUUUUAAAAAAUCUGUGGUAUUUUAUUAUGUCAUGCAUCUGAAGAUUAACUCAAUAUACUCUUGAAUAGCAAUAGAAAGACUGAAAGCUAAUUUAUUACAUAUUCAAAUGRCUCUAUUUGAGCCUGUAUUGCAACAUACAAGACAGGAUUUCAAAGCAUUUCAUAAUUUAGUUCACAUUGAAUGAGACCUGUCCCUUUUAAUAGUGUGCUUUUGAAAAUCUUAUUUAGUCUAUUCUUAAGAAAAUCAUAACUUUGUAAUUUCUAAUUUAUUAUUUUAGUAGAUUGAGAAAAAUAUGUGCUUUCUAGUACUCAACUCAUUGAAUGCAGUGCAUUCACCAGGAGUUGUUCCAGUGUGAUAAAGCUUGUGUUAAAAGAGCUUUUUUUUAUUGUUAUGUUGCACAGAUUGUAUAUAGCUGUCUUAACCUUCCACCUGUAUUAAAACAUUUCAGUAUUUCAUAUUUCAUUGUAAAACCUCUUUUCUUUGUAGGUAAUAUAAGAAAAGACAGAUUCAGAUCUCCUGUUCCCUUCAUUUUCAAUUCUGUGUUCUUAAAAUUAACCCAUAAUUUCCGGGGGGCCCAUGAUCUUUUAAUUAAUCAUGACACUAUUAGUUAUUCACUUAGACUUGGUAUGAAGGGUGUGAGGGAAAAAGAAGAGAGGUCACACUUCUAAUGAAAAUACUCAUCAUUUGAAGGUAGGCUAUUUAUUAUUC